AUGGCUGCGCGCGCUGGCUACACGGCGUUAACGCCUGAAACGACCGUCUUCCCGCCUCGCUGGGUUCCAGCCCCUGUCUCUGAGGCAAUUCAGCCUCCAUUCGAUACUACCAUAUCCGGCUCUUUCGUGUCGACCAAAGGUAGUCUACAUGAUGCUCUACACGCUUACUGGGACAAACUGCGCGGCUUCGUGGACAACAAUGCUGGAUUAUUGCUUGUGGCGCUCGCGCAGCUAUUCUUCGCGUUUGUGAACGUGAGCGUGAAGGUGUUGAAGGAGAUUGAUGUGCCGAUGCCUACACUGGAGCUGGUGCUUGUCCGGAUGUCAAUCACCUACAUCUGCUGCUUGGUCUUCAUGUAUUGGCAAAAGGUCCCCGAUCCGUUCUUGGGCCCGAAGGGUGUGCGCCUAUUAUUGGUGUUCCGCGGGUUCAUCGGAUUCUUCGGACUGUUCGGAGUCUACUUCUCUUUGAGAUACUUAUCCUUAUCCGAUGCAACCGUUUUGACUUUCCUAUCACCUAUCUUCACCGGUAUUGCAAGUGCGAUCUUCCUGAAGGAGCCCUUCUCGAGGAAGGAGCUCAUGGCUGGGCUAUGCAGCUUCGCCGGUGUCAUCCUCAUCGCACGACCUGAGUUCCUGUUCGGACAUGCCGCGCAUCCAUCACCACCGUCUACUGACGAUGCAACCGCAUUGGCACCCCCAGCUGAACUUGGAACACCUCACGAGCGGCUGAUCGCUGUCGGUGUGGCUUUGUUGGGUGUGGUGGGCGCUACGGGUGCUUACACGUCUAUCCGUGCAAUCGGCAAGCGCGCACAUCCCCUGCACUCGCUUGCCUUCUUCUCAUCACAGUCUUGCGUUGUCGCGGGUAUCGGAAUGGCCGUCACGCAUACCGAGAUCGUGAUCCCCACGCGCUGGACCUUCCUAGCUCUCUUCGGCGUGAUUGGUAUCGGAGGUUUCCUUGCACAGGUUCUCCUCACGAUGGGCCUGCAACGCGAAGCAGCAGGACGUGCGACGCUCGCUAUCUAUGUCGGAAUCAUCUUCGCACUUGCUCUGGAGAAGAUAUUCUUCAAUGUUUCGCCAUCUGCUCUUUCCAUGACCGGCACAGCCAUCAUCCUGAGCUGUGCUUUGUACAUUGCUCUUACGAAGGAAAACGUCAAGAACAAGCGUCCUGCGCCGCUUUCCUCAGAGGACUCUGCACUAGAGCAGGGCUUACUCAGUCCCGAUACCGAUGCUGACGAGCAUGAGAUGCGACCCUUAGAUAUGGACAAGUCCCCUCGCGUGGAAACUGAGAAGCUGCCGGACGACGACGACCUGUCUCGACGGGACUAG